AUGGAAGGGGACAAGAGACUACUGGCAAUUCUGUCUACAUUGAGGGAAGACAUAGAAAUUGUAGGGACCAAAGAGGCAUCCAUAAAAGUAGUGGGCGGCUACAGAGGUAGGAACCUCAGGAAGCUCCUUGAAGUCACCUUUAGAAGUAUGGACCUCAACCUCGUGUUGGAGGAUUGUGAACAGGAAGAAAUUAGGGCGGGAACGCAGAAGGUUAUCGUGAAAGGAGGUGAAAAAUCUUAUGCCAAGUUGCUGAAACAAAUAAAGGGUAGCGUAGACAUGAAGAAGGAGGGGAUUAUUGUCAAAAGCGCUAAAAAGACCAGGGGCGAAGAUCUCAUCCUUGAAGUAGCAGGGAAAGAACAGGCCGAGCGCCUGAAGAAGACUAUUGUGGCACGUACGGAGGGAAACACGGUAGAAGACGUCCGGGGUUAUCAAGUUCAGGUUGAUAUAUUUGACAUAGACGGAGAUGUCACAAAGGAAGAAAUUCUGGGGCAGAAUACCCUAUGCACUGUAUCAGAAGAAAUUGAUGAACCUGUUUUCAUCAACCAUGGUAUUUUUCUAUGUUUCCGACAGAAAAUUUAUUGUGGAAGGAUUUACUUACAUGCUUUUAGGUAUAACAAUGAUGCUCCUGUUAUUCAUUUCAACAAAGAAAAUGUACCUUUAGAAUUGAAAAAUAGGAUCAAAAUUUGAAAUUUUCAAAAAUAUACAACUUUUGUAAUAAUCUAACUUUAAU